CCUCACUGGAUUAAGUGGGUGGACAAGGGUGGGGAACAGAGAUACAGUGAGGAGAAGAAGGAGGAGUUGGUGAGGAGGAAGAGUGAAAGAGAAAGAACAGGAAGGAGGGAAAGGGAGGGGCAGAAAUAGGCUCAAAAGAACUUCAGUGUGUUUGUCUUCGGCUCAAACAGCACAGGGAGUGGAGUGAGUGUUGGGAGACGCAACCGUUUGCGUCUAAACUAUUUCACCGCUGUAUUUUUCCUCUUCAAAUUCUCCAUUCUCUUUGCAUUAUUUUGGUUUUUGCGGAGCGUGCGUGACAAACCCCUCGUCGACACCAUGGAUAACUUCCAGACCGUCCUGCGCUUUUUCAUGAACCAGAAGGCCACCAUUGGCUACAGCUUCAUGGCCAUCCUGACCAUCGGGGGAGAGCGAAUCUUCUCCAUGGUCUCAUUCCAGUGCCCCUGCAACCACGACCAGAACUUUGCAUACGGCCUGACCUUCCUGUUGGGCCCGGGCCUGGUGCUUCUGGUGCUGGGUCUUUUCUUCAGCAGCAGGCUGUGGCGCCUCUAUACUGGCUGUUGCCUAAACCCCAUUAAGCUAUGCCCCAGGGGCAACUGUUUCGGCUGCCUCAAAGUGUUUGUCAAAAUCUUCUCCGGUGCCUGUGUGGCCCCUAUCAUGUGGCUGUGUGUGGCACUGUUGAACGGGACCUUCUACGAGUGUGCCGUCAGCGGGCUGGAUGAUAACCUGGUGGUGGAUCUGUUCUGUAAAAACAAGACCUUGAUGUGCCGGGAGGAGUUGGCCCGCGUGCCCUGCAGCAAGUCCAAGCUGCCCAGCGACGAGAACAUGGAACUGUUGCUCAUGUUCCGGGCUCAGUCACAGAUACUGGGCUGGUGUAUUAUCAUCAUUUCAGCCGUUCUAGGGCUCCUCGGGACCUGCUACACCAACUGCCGCUCAAAGGUCAGCUACCUGCAGCUCACCUUCUGGAAGCGCUACGUAGAAAAGGAGAAGGAGCAGUUUGACACAUUCGCUAUGGAGUAUGCAUCCAAGCUGGCCGAGAGGAACCUAAAGAGCUUCUUUGAGAACCGUGACCCGGAGAUAUUCCCAUUCCCCAACCACAAGGCAUGGGAGGAGAUCUCAGCCCUCUACACCUUCUCCAAGAGUGAGCAGUGCUACAGCACCCUGCAGAGGUAUGUGGAGCGUGAUGACCGAGACUACAGCCCUGAGAAAAGACCAGUCAUGGAGCUGGAGCACGGCAUAGAGAUGGGCUGAGAGAGGGGCAGACAAUGGCAGAGUAUGAAUUAUAGUAUAUCCUAUUUGUUUUACCUUUCUAAAUGACAUGCAGUAAAUGCAAUAGAUUUAACUCACAGACUGAGAAGAAGCGUUGUUGCCUGCAUUUCCCCCAAAGCACUGACAUAUACACAGGGCACCAUUCAGAAAGUUAUUACCAGUGACACAGCAGUGAUUUACCAAAGAAUGCAGCCAUUGCAGAAGUGGUGAAACAGUAGGGCUUCUUGUCUGCUGCAACCCACAGUUUGUGAAUGGUCAUGAACACUAGCUGAUGCAAUGUCCCUGUCAUAACAAACACUUUGAUUUGACAAAGUCUCCUCUACCUCUCUUUGACAUGCCUUUGAAGCAUUUCAUUCACUUUACUGGUACAUAAUGGUAGGAGAGCUAUUGUAAUUGUAUAGCUUUAAUUGGGUAUUUUGUGUGUAAUAUUGCACCACACUAUGAAUGCUACAUGAAUGACAGAGUUGUACCAUGCAAUUUGCUUGAAAUGUUUACACAACUCAAUGUUUACAUUAUUAUGACAACCUGAGCAUUAUAAAGUGUCUUUCUAUGGCACUACAAGCGAAGCAGCUCACUUUAUAUUUUAUGUUAAUUUGGGAAUAACUCUGCCAUUACUACCGUCCUGUUCAAUUAUUGACAUCAAUAGUAGAGGUAAUAAAUCAUGUAUGACAUACGGGAUAUUCUCACUGGAUUCUACAAAAAACAUUUGUUGAACCUGUUUCUUUUUUUUCGUUCUCCUUUCUAACAUCUGUAAAAUCCCUACCAUGUAAUGUGUAAGCACUAAAUUAACAUGUACAUAGAACAUUAUUUGGACAUGUUGCAUCAUGCCUGAUAAAAAAACAAACAUUUUAGGGUGGUGAGUUUGUGUGUAAAAACGGUCCAUAUUCCACCAUGUUUAACUAAGAGGGGGAGAAUGCAGCCAUAUCGGUGUAGUUAUAGUACCUUCAGAAAGUAUUCAUACACCAUGACUUGUGCCACAUGUUGUUAUGUUACAGUCUGAAAAACAAAUGGAUUCAAUUGAUUUUGUUUCUCACCCGUCUACACACAAUACCCCAUAAUGACAAAAUGUUUUU